AUGGUUCCUACCACCGCUACUAUCACGUAUCCGGCGGAUCUGCGCCUCCCUUACUAUCUUACGCGCUCCGCGACUCUCCGCAAGGUUCCGCGGAUCAUGGCGUGCCGAAUUCCGCGGAAGGCUGUUCCGCGGGAGAGGACGGGAUCUGCAGCGCAGGCGAAGGCCCCAGACGUUAUGCUUGGAGAGGUCGGACCGCGACAGGCGGAGCCGCGACAGGCGGAACCGCGCGUAAAGGCUAGAGUAGAUUCGGGGAAAGCCACCAGCGCAAGUGGUGGGGUCGGAAGUAACGGCAAGGAUCACGGCGGGGAGCGCGCCGCGACUCGCGGCGAGAUUCGAGGGGUGCAGGAAGAACGGGUGGAUGGGAGGGAGGAGGUGACGCUGGGAUGCCUGAUUCCGUCUUACUCCCAGGACGGAAUGAACAUGCUUGCAGGUGAUGAUGAUGAUGAUGAUGAUGAUGAUGAUGGUGGCGGUGAUGGUGAUGGUGAUGGUGAUGGUGGUGGUGAUGGUGGUGGUGGUGGUGAUGGUGGUGGUGGUGGUGGUGGUGGUGGUGGUGGUGGUGGUGGUGGUGGUGGUGGUGGUGGUGGUGGUGGUGGUGGUGGUGGUGGUGGUGGUGGUGGUGGUGGUGGUGGUGGUGGUGGUGGUGGUGGUGGUGAUGGUGAUGGUGAUGGUGAUGGUGAUGGUGGUGGUGGUGGUGGUGGUGGUGGUGCUGGUGGUGGUGGUGGUGGUGGUGGUGGUGGUGGUGGUGGUGGUGGUGGUGGUGGUGGUGGUGGUGGUGGUGGUGGUGGUGGUGGUGGUGGUGGUGACGAUGGCGAUGGCGAUAGCGAUGGCGAUGGCGAUGGCGAUGGCGAUGUUGCUGACGUCAACAACGACCCCACCAUCCUGCCACGUCACCGCAUCCGCCUAGUCAUCGGCAACAUCACCGCCAGCACGCCAUCCAUCCUCAGCCAGCUGGCAGCCAUGGCAGCAGUGCAGCAGCGUCCAGUGGCAAUAGUAGGUCCGGGGACAUCUGACCAAUCAGCUCUCGUCAGCCCGCUUGCCACAGCCACCCAGACCCCCUUUGUGUCGGCGGCAGCAACAGACGUGCAGCUAACAGUGGGGGGUGCUCGGCCGUACUUCAUGCGGACCAUUCCCAAUGACGGCGUCGACAUGCAAGCCAUAGCCGCGCUGCUGCUGCGUUACAAGUGGAGGCAGUUUGUGGCGGUCUACACGGAUAACCGUUUUGGCCGCAACGGCAUCACGGCACUCAUGACCUACCUCCUCGAGAAAAAGAGGGUGCCUGUCAAGUCCACGUGGACAGCUGAUGACGUGGCACAGGCUUUGACUGCCAGCAAGGCAGUCGACUCCUCUGUCUAUGUGCUACACGCAUCCUCCACGAUGUCUGCUCUCAUACUCGAUACAGCGAGCAAGCUGGGCAUGAUAGGGAAAAACUAUGUAUGGAUCGCAUCGGAGGGGGCUGCUCAGGCCAACACGUCCACACUGCAGGGUGCAGAGGGUCUGAUAAUCACCUCCUCGUAUCUACCCCCGUCACUGCGCCUGUCUUCUUUCAAGCAGCGGUGGAAGCAGCUGAGUCCACUGCAGUUCCCAGGGGCAGCAGAGGAGGACCCAAAGACCUACAGCCUCACAGCCUACGAUGCUGUCUACCUCAUCUCGCUCGCCCUUCACUCCCUGCUGCACACCAACACCAGCACCAGCAGCACCAUCGGCAGCACCACAGGCAGCGCCACCAGCAGUGGCGGUGGCAGCGGAAGCACCGGCAGCAGUAGCAGCGGAAGAGGGUUACACUCUGUUGUGCUGUCUGCUUUUGCGAGGAAGGAUGCGUUGAUGCUGCCGGUGGCAGGGGCAGGGGCGCGUGACGGGCUCAUUCCAAUGCUGCAGAGCCUGCAGCGCAACUCAGUGGGUGCAGCACUCCGGCAAGCCAUUCUCAACACAAGCUUCGAAGGGCUCACAGGGAGGAUCUCCCUCACUCCCCACGGCGACCUGCGAGCAGACGUCAUAGAGGUGCUUAAUGUGGUCAACGCCACGGCCAUGAGGGUUGGCUUCUGGACGCCUGCCUGGCAGCUCACGCCCUCUCUGAAGGUCUACAGGCAGUUUGUGAACAUCUCCAGAGGAGAGGGCAACGGCCUCUUCGCUGGCUUCUGUAUAGAUGUCUUCCGUGCAGCUGUUGCCAUGCGGCCAGCCAUACCAUACCCCAUGCAAUUUCCCUUCCUAACCCCCCCUUCCCCGCACUCCCCAACCUGCCUCGUGCUCCCCUGCGCACCCCUUCAGGUCUACAGGCAGUUUGUGAACAUCUCCAAGGGAAAGGGCAAUGCCCACUUCUCAGGGUUUUGCAUCGACGUCUUCCACCAGGCAGCUGUGGCCAUGCUGCCCUACCUGCUCGACUACGUGUUUGUUUCUUCCACCUCUUCCCACCCUCUCUCUUCAACCAGCAGUUUGUCAGGCCUCAUUCCCCGUUUCCCCUCUCUCCUCCCCUUUGUCUUCCCCUCUUGUCCCCCCCCCUCUCCUCCUCCUCAGGUCUACAAGCAGUUUGUGAACAUCUCCAAGGGAGAGGGCAACAGCCGCUUCUCAGGGUUCUGCAUCGAUGUUUACAAGCAGUUUGUGAACAUCUCCAAGGGAGAGGGCAACGCCCGCUUCACAGGCUUCUGCAUCGACGUUUUCCAAGCAGCUGUGGCCAUGCUGCCGUACCCGCUCGAUUACGAGUUUGUGCAGUACGGCGAGGAUGACGUCUCCCCCAGCUACAACCAGAUGGUGCUCGCUGUAGCAGACAGGAAAUAUGAUGGGGCGAUCGGAGACAUCACAGUCACAGAGACGCGCAACAGAGCAGUCUUCUUCACCUACCCCAUCUUUCCAUCAGGCCUGGGCCUGAUGGGGUAUGCAGUGGAGAACUCGAGUCCAUGGCUGGCGUUUCAGCCCUUCACAGCCAGCAUUUGGGGAGUGAAAGUGGCGAUGUGUGUGCUGGCGGGGCUCAUCACCUCGUUCCUGGAGGAGGGGGAGCUUCACAGUUCCACGCUCCCUUCCCUUCACCGCGUCCCUCCUAUCCUUCCCUUAUCCCCUUUCAAACCGUCCUCCUAUUUCCAGCCAUCAGGCCUGGGCCUGAUGGGGUACGCAGUGGAGAACUCGAGUCCAUGGCUGGCGUUUCAGCCCUUCACAGCGAGCAUGUGGGCUGUGACGGUGGCGAUGUGUGUGCUGGCGGGGCUCAUCACCUCACUGGCAGGGCUCAUCACCUCGUUUGUGCUGGCGGGGCUCAUCACCUCGUUCCUGGAGGAGCAGUCAAGCGAGGCCUUCAGAGGGAAGCUGCACCAGCGCCUGCUUAACGCCGCAUGGUACGUUUCAGAACUGUUUACAUUGAAGUUACGUUCUGGAAUGUUCAAAGGUGGUGCUUGUGUCUGUGUGCUGGCGGGGCUCAUCACCUCGUUCCUGGAGGAGCAGUCCAACGGGGCCUUCAGAGGGAAGCUGCACCAACGGGUUCUCAAUGCUGCAUGGUACCGCUCAUCACUCACCUCGUUCCUCGUGCCUCCGUGCGUUUUGAGGCGCCUCAAAAUGCACCUCACUGCUCGCGAUGAUGUGUGGGCUGGCAGCACCUCACUGCUCGCGGAUUUUGAGGCGCCUCAAAGUGGCGAUGAUAGUGCCCUGUGCGCACGACCCUCGUUUUGGGACGUCUCAAAACACUCUUGUUCUGCUGCUCCUCCUCUUGUUAUUGUCACGGCAGAGUACCCUGUGCACACGACCCUCGCCCGGCUCUUUGUGGUCGUGUUUCUCAUCGUCGGCUUCCUUAUAGUCACCAUGUACACGGCUAACCUCACGUCUAUUGUCACAGUCAACAAGCUCAAACCCUCCGCAAUGGACAUUGGAUCCGCCGCGUCGACCUCAACCCCCAUCGGGUACCAGCUGGGGUCAUUUGUCAAUGCGUACUUGCUACAGAUGGGCAUCCCUGCGAACCGUCUGGUGGCACUCAAUAACGAGGAUGAGUAUGCACAGGCGCUGACAUCAGGCCGGGUGGGGGUGAUAGUGGAUGAGAGCCCCUACCUGCAGCUCUUCUCCCUCGACUUCUGCGAUGUUGCCCUGGCGCCGCAGCCAUUCUCGCUUCUCAACCUCGCGUUUGCCUUUCCCAAGGGCUCGCAGCUGGGUUUGGACGUCUCUCAGGCGUUAGUGCAGCUGACAAUGUCGGGCCAGCUGCAGAAGAUCCGAGAGCAGCAUUUCAGUGGGAUCAACGGCUCCUGCGCCCAACCCAGCAGCACCAGCGACAGCAGCAGCUACGGCAUAUCCUCCUCCUCCUCCUCCUCCUCUUCUUCCUCCUCCUCCGCCUCUUCCGGUAUCUCCUCUUUGGCUGCAGACUCGGCAGUGCAGCUGUCAAUGCAGAAGUUCCUCGGGCUGUAUAUCAUCUUUGGCGCUGUCUCGCUGGGCUGCUGCGUGCUCUAUGUGCUGCUGCUCAUUCACCGCGGCUACCGCGCGAGCAGGUAUGAGCUGGCUGUUUUGUCGACUCAAAAGGCAGACUCGGCAGUGCAGCUGUCAAUGCAGAAGUUCCUUGGGCUGUAUAUCAUAUUCGGCGCUGUCUCGCUGGGCUGCUGCGUGCUCUAUGUGCUGCUGCUCAUUCACCGCGGCUACCGCGCGAGCAGGUAUGAGCUGGCUGUUUUGUCGACUCAAAAGGCAGACUCGGCAGUGCAGCUGUCAAUGCAGAAGUUCCUUGGGCUGUAUAUCAUAUUCGGCGCUGUCUCGCUGGGCUGCUGCGUGCUCUAUGUGCUGCUGCUCAUUCACCGCGGCUACCGCGCGAGCAGGUAUGAGCUGGCUGUUUUGUCGACUCAAAAGGCAGACUCGGCAGUGCAGCUGUCAAUGCAGAAGUUCCUUGGGCUGUAUAUCAUAUUUGGCGCUGUCUCGCUGGGCUGCUGCGUGCUCUAUGUGCUGCUGCUCAUUCACCGCGGCUACCGCGCGAGCAGGUAUGAGCUGGCUGUUUUGUCGACUCAAAAGGCAGACUCGGCAGUGCAGCUGUCAAUGCAGAAGUUCCUUGGGCUGUAUAUCAUAUUCGGCGCUGUCUCGCUGGGCUGCUGCGUGCUCUAUGUGCUGCUGCUCAUUCACCGCGGCUACCGCGCGAGCAGGUAUGAGCUGGCUGUUUUGUCGACUCAAAAGGCAGACUCGGCAGUGCAGCUGUCAAUGCAGAAGUUCCUUGGGCUGUAUAUCAUAUUCGGCGCUGUCUCGCUGGGCUGCUGCGUGCUCUAUGUGCUGCUGCUCAUUCACCGCGGCUACCGCGCGAGCAGGUAUGAGCUGGCUGUUUUGUCGACUCAAAAGGCAGACUCGGCAGUGCAGCUGUCAAUGCAGAAGUUCCUUGGGCUGUAUAUCAUAUUCGGCGCUGUCUCGCUGGGCUGCUGCGUGCUCUAUGUGCUGCUGCUCAUUCACCGCGGCUACCGCGCGAGCAGGUAUGAGCUGGCUGUUUUGUCGACUCAAAAGGCAGACUCGGCAGUGCAGCUGUCAAUGCAGAAGUUCCUUGGGCUGUAUAUCAUAUUUGGCGCUGUCUCGCUGGGCUGCUGCGUGCUCUAUGUGCUGCUGCUCAUUCACCGCGGCUACCGCGCGAGCAGGUAUGAGCUGGCUGUUUUGUCGACUCAAAAGGCAGACUCGGCAGUGCAGCUGUCAAUGCAGAAGUUCCUUGGGCUGUAUAUCAUAUUCGGCGCUGUCUCGCUGGGCUGCUGCGUGCUCUAUGUGCUGCUGCUCAUUCACCGCGGCUACCGCGCGAGCAGGUAUGAGCUGGCUGUUUUGUCGACUCAAAAGGCAGACACGGCAGUGCAGCUGUCAAUGCAGAAGUUCCUUGGGCUGUAUAUCAUAUUCGGCGCUGUCUCGCUGGGCUGCUGCGUGCUCUAUGUGCUGCUGCUCAUUCACCGCGGCUACCGCGCGAGCAGCUCUGAGCAGCAGCAGCAGGGCCGUGUGAUCCAGCCCAGCAUCGAGCAGCAGAGUCCCCGCGUUCUUUCCCAGCAGAGUCCCCGCGUUCUCUCCCCGCAGAUGCAUGCACCGCACAGCAGCAAGCGGCAGACAUCUGGUUUUAACAGCAGCGGCAGGAGCUGGCGAAGCAGCGCGGAGACAGCGAGACAGCUGCGGGCAGCAGUGACUUCUGAGGCGCCGCAGAAGCCAUCUGGAAGUGGAAGUUCUAGGGGUGCGAGGAGCUGGAAGAGCAGUGCAGAGGCUGUGAGGCAGCUGCGGAUGGUGGGAGGGGAGGGCAGGCAGCAGAACGUGCCGUGGAGCAGGAGGGCUGUCCUUCACGGCCAAGAGGGCCCUCACAGGCCGUGGCACAGAACGGCUUCUGGUGAUACUGCUUCUGCUCCAAACUUCUUCGACAGACUGGACGAGGGCACAAGAGGAGCAUCGGUUGCUGAGCAGCUGAGGGAGCUUCUGGAGGCUGAGUCUGGUUCCAGCCAUGUGACCGAGAGUGGUUCAGGGCGAGAGGAGGGGUGUGAAUGCAAUGGGGUCAGGAUAAGAGGGUCAGGAGAGAGUGAAUCUGGGGGGGAGGAUCCAGCAGAACGAAAGCUGGUUCGAGUCGAUGCUUUCGACUUGACUUCAAUUCUGAAAUCCAGCAAGUGA